AUUUGUUUCUUUUUUUCAAAGUUUUCAAUAGUUUCGCUACAUAUCGCAUGUGAACCAAGGCUGAAGACUCGAGGAUUUCAUCCCCUUGGUAAACUGUGAAGGUCCUGAAGGGUUGUUGAGAUGAAUGAAUUUUCGAAGGGUGCCAACGAAAAUGUACUUCCCACAGAAUAUGGGAAAGCUUACGUCGCGAGAAGCAAAAUUCCAGAACUCAACCUAUUUCCUGCGCCUGAACCGCUGGAUGACUCGUUUGAUGUUGACUUCGACGACGACGAGGACAUCUUGGAAAAUGGAAACUCUGGACUCAUCUGCAAGGAAACGUCCGCAGAAAGAUUCAAGGAGCGAAUAUCACAAGUGUAUCAGCAAGAAAAUGUGCUGGCGAACAUAAUGACGUCAAAAUCUAUUCUUCCGAUUUGUGAUUAUGAAUCAGCGAUUGUUGAGGCUGUUCGGGACCAUCGAGUUACCAUUGUGAAAGGCAGUACUGGCUGUGGCAAGUCCACGAUGGUGUCGCAGUUUAUUUUGAAGGACGCCAUUUCGAGGAAUGAACCGUGUCGUGUCAUUGUGACGCAGCCCAGACGCAUUGCUGCCAAGGCUUUAGCAAAUUACGUUUCGAAGGCAUGCAAUUGGCCCUUGGGUGACGUGGUUGGCUAUCAGGUUGGAUUAGAUCGGAAGAACCAGUCGGAAAACACGUUGAUCCUUUACGCGACCCCGGGAGUGGUUUUGCGAAAGCUGAGCCAAUUCAGAGAAGGCAGCUUUAUUUCUACAGUAACGCACAUAAUUGUGGACGAAGUUCAUGAAAGGAGCAGAGAUGUCGAUUUUUUGCUGCUCAUUCUUCGCUCUUAUUUAAAAAUAAGAGCCGAACUGAAGAUGGUCUUGAUGUCAGCUACAAUUGACACCGGUCUUUACGAGAAGUACUUCACGGAUCCUCGGCUUUCCCUGAAUAUUUCAAACGUUCCUGUUAUUCGAGUAGAUGUUGAGAGUUACCAAGUUGGAAGAUUCUGGCUGGAUGACUUGAAUCUUCCAGAGGUGGAGCGAGUGAACCAUCAUCUUGAGUUACCGAAGCUCGAAAAAGAUUUGCUAAACGUUUGUCAGAAAAUAAUUCAAGCGUUGGAUAUGGGUCAUGAUGCCAGCAUCAGUAAAGGAGCAGUGCUGGUAUUUCUUCCUGGACUCGAUGCUAUCUGGGAUAUGAACGAAGUAUUGGAAGAAUGCGAAGAAUAUCGGAAUUGGGAGGUUGUGAUUCUACAUUCAAGACUUCCGGAUGCGAAGGAAAGUCUCGCUUUUCAGGCAGUACCCCCGAACAAGAGGAAAAUAAUCUUGGCGACGAAUAUUGCUGAAUCAUCGGUGACGUUUCCUGAUGUUCAAUUCGUCCUCGAUUGCUGUUUGACAAAGCGGGACAUGUGUGACAGAGUAAAUUUCUUGCCAAUGUUGGGUCUCGACUGGGCGUCAAAAAGUGAAAUUCGGCAACGCUCGGGCAGAACUGGGCGAGUUGCGGAUGGUUAUGUCUAUCAUUUGACUUUCCGACAUCUCUAUGAGAGUCUUCCGGAACAUCCUCCGCCUGAAAUAGAACGUACUCCGUUGCCGAAUGUGGUUGCACUUGCGAAAGGAUUGCCAUUCGAAGGAGGUAUCAAGGAUAUUUUUUCCUUGGCCUUGACCCCUCCUGAUGAGCGAGAUAUUGACCUCGGCGUUUUGAUCUUGAAAGAGGCUGGUGCCCUGAGCCUGGUGCGACACACUGACGUGGACCACUCCGCCACCCAGCUGACUUUACUCGGAAGAGUGAUUAACCUUUUUCCACUAGAUAUAAACUUGACGAAGUUGAUCAUGAUGGGAUGGUGUUUAGGCGUAACUGAAGAGAUGAUCACGCUGGCUGCGAUUUUGAAUCAUCAGGACCUCUUUUUGCACGUGAUUGGAAAGCAACAUGAGGUACUCUAUUGCAAGUUGUUCUGGAGUGAAGAUUCUGGCUCCGACGCCAUUUCACAGUAUCGGGCAUAUAAAGCUGUGAUGAAAUUGGGCAAAGGUCUACGUAGAAACUUCAUGAAGCGCUUUCACAUAAACGAAAAUAUCGUUCGAGAUAUUUCCUUACUGGAAGGAGAAUUGAGAGCAAUAAGUAGCAAGGCUGGAUUGCUGUUGCCUGACGUAAGCCGUCCCAUCAUUCCUCCAGAAGAACUAAAUGGUUGGAUGAAGGUGGCGAUGGCAGCAGCUUUCUAUCCGAAUUAUCUUUCGCCGAUACCAGUUUGUGAGGACAUUGCCGCAAGGAUUUUAAAGUUGCAUGAUCCUCGUUCUUCGAUUCAUUUAAAAUAUCCAAUUGAGAGCCUCACCGAAGUGAGCGAGUUUUUGUCAACUGUGACAUGUGGUGUGAACUUGGAAUUUUUCCAAACCGAUUGCAUAGCCGAUUUUGUAUGCUUACCGAUGUCGAAAGAGCCUGAUGCAGAGAGUUUGGAAAACGAUCUUCGAAGGAAAAUAUAUCGCAGUGGCGAAAACGUUCAUCCGCCUGUUCUCUUGAGUUUUCGAAUGCAGAGAAAAACGCCAAGCCAACGACUUCGGAAAACCACGCGACGGAAUUUUGGCAUUGACCCGGAGAUCUGGAACAAAUGUGUACCUGCGUUUGAAUGGCCGAAGAUUUCGAAAGGAAGAAUCCGCGUGAUUAUUACGGAAGUACACACCCUUACGAAGUUUUCGGCGAGUUUUGCUGACAUGGAUAGUCAAAAACUAAUUACUGCCAUUGAAGAAAGGCUUGAUGCUGCUGCGAAAACGAUGGUGAUCAUGAAUCCGGAGAAUGUACGGUGUGGAGUUAACGUUAUUGCUUUGAAGAUGAACAAGCGACAGGGAGGAUUUAUUCGUGCCAGAGCGGAAGUUAUCCACGUUUCUGCAGAAGAUAGUCUGGCUUUGUUGCGGUUCGUGGACUAUGGAGGGUGGUCGGAUGUUCCGAUUAAAAAGCUUUGGCAAUACGAACCGUCAUUUCUUGGAGACCUCGGAAACGUUCCAGCGCAGGCGUUUUUGUGCGAACUAAAAGGAUUGGCGCGCAGUGAUUUCUUUUUCACGGGAACCAAGAUGGAAGCCGUGAGACGUUUCGAAGAGCUUGUACGGGGGAAAGAUGAUUUCAGCACGCAUAUUGAGUUUUACUCGCUUCACUAUGGAACAGCAAAGGUGUCUCUAAGUUUGGUUCAUGAUGGUGACCACGAAGAGGAAGAUAUCGGUGCUACCUUGCUCGACGCCGGUGUACUGAAACAUGUUGAGGAAGAUCGAAUUUCUGAGGAUAAUCACUACGUGUGGAUCAGUCAAUUCGUACCUGGGAUUGAUGCCGUUCUUCCGAAAGAUGAUUCCGGCAAAUUCCGUGGUUUGGCCUUGGAGCAUUUGAUGAGCAAGAAACAAUCAACGCAUCACACAACUCACACCGGCAUCACAGGUUCUGCUGGAAUCAAUGCCACGUCACCCAACAAAUUAUACUUCAGAUCAAUGUGCGAAGGGCUGAAAAGUGGGAGAAACGUACGGAUCAAUCCGGACUCCAUCAACUUCGCGGUCAUCGAACCAUCCUCCAAUGCUCCUUUGUGCCAGCUUUUGAUUGCUCAAAAAGUUAGAAUGGACGAAUAUGGUUCAGUUGUGGUCAGCAACACAACCACGAUGUCCUUCAUGCCAGGAUUGCCUUCGCUGUUGUGCAUGUGUUUCUCGCCCGUUGUCAGGUUCUCACUUGAUCGACAUGGAAAGAAAAUAGUCGGCUUGUUUGCUGGGGUAGGCUCGGUUAAACGAGAAUCCGGAGAAUUUGUUCCUGUGUUUCCUGACCAUGAAAUGGAAGUGCUGAACACGAUCGAGAUCAGCGAAGACGACAUUGACGCGGCCAAUGAGAUCCGUAAGAUUAUGAAUGAUCUGCUCACGGGUGUUCCGGGUGCAGCGAGAAUUGCUCGGACGGAUCAGAGGAACGCUGGACUACAAACGAAACUGAGGCGAAAGCUGAAAGAGCUGCUGAUGAGACCAAGAAAAGCUUUGGGAGUUGUUGAAAUCAAUCCCGAGAACGAAGACGAUUUUCGUAACGAUGAAAGCUUUGUUUGGAAUGAAACUGAUGUGUUCCAUCCACUUCGUCAUGUAAAAUUUGAAAGUAGUCAGAAAGAAAGAGUGCCUGGUGUAUUCACUACGAGGGUCUCGGAAUGUGCCAAUUCUGGCCAGGAAAGCAGUUGUCCAUUGCUGCUGAACCGUUCGAAAGAACUUUUCGAGAUGAAUGCAGUUGUGCCGCAGAAAGAUGCUGAAUUCUACUUUGAAUCACUGUAUAUGCAUCGAAAAUCGAUGUGGCGAAAGUUUUCUUCAUCCCCAAGGAACUUGUCUAUGUCGCCCAUAAUUUUGGAAGAUGGCUCGAGAGUCUUCGAGAUCAAGUCGAAAACUAUUUUACAAGAGGAGCGCUGCCGAAAUGAAUCUGAUGAGCGCUAUUGGAAGCUUGAAAGCAUCUUCGCGUAUGGAUUGGCAGAUUCAGACUUGCCUGAGGAGCGUAGUGGAAAGAAGCAGAAAUCCCGCCUACAAAUGUCUUCAAUAAAAUGCAGUGCAUCCAUUGACGAAGCAGUAAUUUUCUUGCUUCUUGAUGCCGUGAGACUAAGAAAGGCCUACGGAGAAAACGAUGAGAAAAUCGUGCUGCGAAUUCACCCAAAUCUUGCACCUGUGCAACUUUCGAUCGCAAGUGCAGCUGAAUCAACUACAUCCAAAGAAGUCGAAAAUUUUGUUAAUUACCUGGAGGAUGACUUACGUGACUUGGGAUUCUCAUUAUUGAGGAGUGAAAGUGGAUUGCACGAUGCGUCUAUUUGCAGUUGGUGUGACGAAAUGGGCAUCCCGUUGUUAUUGACAGUAACCUGUGACACGGUUUCGAAUGGAACAAUUCUUGUGAGAAGUCGAGAAACUACCCUCAAUGAGGAAGUACACGUCACCAAGUUGGUAGAAUAUUUGCGAAUAUACUUCGGAAUUUUAACUGAUGAAGUUUUACGGAAAAAGGCCUAAUUCGAACAUUCAAGUUCUAAAAGAACAAAUGUUCUUCAUUUUUUACUGUCGUUUGCUUCUAUGAAAAAAAAACGGAAAUGGAAGAAAAACCAUGAAAA